AUGGCCGUGGCCGAAAAACAGAGGAAUGUAUUCAUCACCAGCAAAGAGGCUGUCCGGGUAAUCCCAGCCGAGCCGGAGAAGAGACAGAAUGAAUGCCACACGUGCGGGAAAAGUUUUUGUUCCAAAUCUCGCCUCAAGGUCCACCAGAGGAUCCACACGGAGCGACGGCCCUAUCAGUGCCAGGAGUGCGGCAAGGGCUUCCGGCAGAGCGGCCACCUGUCCCAGCAUCGAAGGAUGCACACCGGGGAGAGGCGCUACAAAUGUUUGGAGUGCGGGAAAAGUUUUAGCCAGAGCACCUAUUUCAUCUUGCACAAGAUCACCCACACGGGAGAAAAACCUUUCACUUGUCCGGAGUGCGGAAAGACUUUCAGCCACAGCCGGAAGCUGACUGUACACCGCGCCGUCCACACGGGCGAGAGGCCGUACAAAUGUUUGGAGUGUGGGCAGAGUUUCAGCCAAAGCACCCACCUGACUUCCCAUCAGAGGAUCCACACCGGGGAGAAGCCGUAUCGGUGCACCGAGUGCGGGAAGUGCUUCAACCAGAGCACUCACUUGUCUCUGCACCGGCGGAUCCACACGGGAGAAAAACCCUAUCGGUGUCUCGAAUGCGGGAAGUGUUUCAGCCAGAGCCCGCACUUGACUUUACACCGGAGAAUCCACACCAAGGAGAAGAUCUAUAAGUGCUCCGAGUGUGGGAAGGGCUUCCGUCGGAGCGAUCACCUGCUCUCCCAUCAGAGGAUCCACACAGGGGAGAAACCGUAUCGCUGCUCCGAGUGCGGGAAGAGUUUCAGCCGAAACUCGAUCCUGCAUAAACAUCAGAGAAUCCACAAAGAUGGAGGAUCGUCCGUCUGA